CUUUACACUCAAAUAACGAGCACUGUUUAACUUUCGUCUCUUAAUCUUAACGUGUGAAGGUGAGCUUGUUUAACAAGACCUGGAAAUGGAUUCUCGGCAUCUUUUUAUUUGUAUUUUCGCAAGUUGGUGGUUAUGUCUUGAAUGCACGGGAUUGCUACAUACAAAAGAUUUAAAGCAUGCUGAGAUUGAAAAUGAGUCAUUAUAUUAUAACAGUGCAGAAGAUGUUACUUUCAAUGAAACUGGAUCAGUGACCACCGAUGGAGGUUUUGACAACGUUUCUGAUGAAACAACUUCGCAUCUUAUUCUGGAAAAGACCACUAAAAACUUAGAAAAUUUCACUGUAGUAACUGCCGUUGAAUCAAAACAUCAUGUUGUCUUAGUACCCUUGGCUGUUGGUGGUUUGGCAUUAUUGAGUGGGUUGCUUUUCCUUGCAUUUAUCGUUGGAAUUUUCAUGUACUGCAAUAGAAAUACUGGUUUCGUAUAUGAGCCUGCUCCGCCGUCAGACACAAUUAUUGACGUCUGAUUUGUUAAAUAUUCUUUAUAAAUUCUGUCAUUUAUUCUGUCAAGAAGAAUUGUAAAUACGAAUUCAUAUCAUUUUCAAAAAUUUUAUCACAGUCUAAUUUAUUAGAAGACUAAAAUGUGACUAUCAAAAUUUUCAGAUAUGUAAAGAAAAUAUUUUACAUGGCUUGCCUAAAAAAAAAUGGCUUAAUUUAUGAAGUUUCCGUUGCAUUAAUAAUUGAGCAUUUAAAAAUUUGAAACACUUUGAAGAAUUCUAAAAUAUUAUUCAAAUUUAUUUCGAUUUAAAAUGCUAAUAAUUUUUUAAAAAAUCAUAAAAAUUUU